UCGAGAUCUUCGACCUUGUACCGGUACUAGUAGGGCUCUUGUGGGUACCGGUAGCGUACCAUCCGCCCAAUUGCAAAGGUCCCGAAGUCCGCUUCCUUGAUGAUGGAUGAAGUGAGAUGGAGUGGGAGGACCGGAGGUGGUUUUUUAAAACCAAAUCGCAGGCUUCUUGGAUGGCAUGCGUUUUUAUCACUAAAUCUUUCAAACCCAGGUUUUCUAGGCGGGCUCGCUGAACUUUCAAAACGAGGCGCCAAGCAACCAACCGCUGCAACAACACAACAAGGUGCUUCUUUUGAUGGCGCUAGCUAGCUACUACAGUAGACCUAGACUACUAGUACAACACUCGUUUGAAUAAACUUACCUGUCCCUGACGGAAAUAGAAGCAGAGGUAUAAUUCGUUGUGCUGAGCUUCGUUGUCGUGGUUCUUGCAACAACUGGUUGACUUGCCAGUAGCUAGUAGCACCGGUAGCGGAAUCGUUAGUUUCGUCCAUCUCCAGGUUCCACGUUGUGAGUUUGACAGAUCAUUCAACUUUAUAGUUCCAACAUGAAAGCGGCAACCAACAGAAUUUUCGGCAAGAAGAGCCGAAUUGGCUCUCCUUUGGCUGGUACCGGUACCGACGACAAAGUUACGGGCAGUGAGGCUACUGCUCCAGUACCAGCCCCGACUCCGGCUCCACCAGUCGAAAGCGACGACGAAGAUUUGUUCGGUGGUGACGACGAUGAAGAAGAAGUGGCAAAGGAGACAAUCAAGCCUAAACCAGUCGCUGUUGAGGCUAGCAAGGAAGGAUCAGAAACUCCAGCGCCAGUUAUCAUCUCCCCAACGUCGACCACAACAGGAACACCUGAAGCCCCAUCAGCAGCAGCCGGUGGCGCCGUGACUAUUCCUCGCAAGAACCAGCAUGCAGAUGCUGCAGCAGGAACUGCUGUGCAAGACCAAGCAAAAGAUUUGGGAGCCAAGUAUGGGUUGCAGCCGGGCGUCAAAAUCCCAAAGUCUGUGGAGGACAGGAAAUUGCUCCACGGAAAGACCUUGGAAGCCCUCAAGAAAAUCCCCGUUGACCUAGCAAACGAAUCUCUCACGGAAUACGAUGAUGCCGUGCAAAUCAAGGGUGCCUCUAUUCGGAACCAUGGCGCCUACCUACUCGGAGUGAUCAAGCGCUAUGUGGACGUGCAAGAAACUCGCGGAGCUUCACUGAUGCAACCUGCUCUGACGCCUUCAGUACAUAAGAAACUGGAUCAUCUCGUCCGAAGUGGCUACUUCACCCAGAGCGAAAUGGACGAGAAGGUAAAGGGUAAAAUUAGAAUGCUGUCGGAACGAGAUGCACUGAUUGCUUUGGACGAGCUCUCAAGCGUUGACAGAAGCCAGAUUCGAAAUAUGGGAAGUUAUUUGAUGGGCAUCAUAGUGAAGCGCCAUAAAAAUAGCCAAUCAUCAGGAAACAGCGGUAAUGGAUCAGGUUCCAACGGUGAUUAUGGAAGAGACUCGCGGUCCAAUAAUUCCGACCGCCCCCCUCGUCGUGACAAUGAUGAUCGUUAUUAUCGUGAAAGUAACAGAAAGGAUUCGUACGGCAGGCGUGAACGGGAGCGAAGCCGUGAUCGUUUUGAUGAUGAUCGGAGACGUGAUGAUCGCGGGAGGCAUGAUCAUUACGGACGCGGCGGUAGAGAUAGAGAUGCGUCGCAUUACGGCCCCAGUCAAACGAAUCAUGGACCUUAUGGUCAUCAACCUCCUCCUCCAAUGGGAGGCAACAUGCCAGGUCAGCACCCGCCGCCACAGCAAAUGCAACCGCCGAUGAAUUCUUAUUCUCAGCAGCAGCCGCCAUACAUGCAGCAGCCUCCUCCUGGCGGCAAUAAUCAGUUCGUUCCGCCAAUGCAUCCUCCUGUGAAUCAGAAUUACCAGAAUCAAGGCUAUCCGCCACCUCAAAAUCAAAAUUUCCCUCCCCAGAACCAGGGCUACCCGCCCCACAAUCGUCCUGGACAGCCGCCCAAUAUGAUGGGGCAGUCACCAUACAACCAGCAGCAGCAGCCGCCGCAGCAAAUGCAACCGCCGAUGAAUUCUUUUUCGCAACAGCAGCAGCAUCCGUCUUACAUGCAGCAGCCAAAUGGGCCUCCCCCCCCACCUCCACAGCGGGCCAGUCGUUGGCAGCAGGCCCCGGCCCCGCCACCCGGUGCUAACAAUGGAUGGCAACAGCCACAGCAGCAACCGGGUCUUGGAGGGGGGUCGUUUGAUUCACAACGACCCAGUCGUUGGCAACAGGCGCAGCCUCCUCAGCAGCAGCCGGCCCAAGUGCCUUUGGAUAUUCUAGGACUUGCUGAUAAAGCCGCUUCUGCUGUUCAGCAGCUCACUGGGCAAGCCAAUUUGGCGGUGGGUGGACCAAACCCUCCUUACUCAGCUCCUCCUCGCCCCCCGUAUCAGAACGUGCCCCCACCGGGUUCCAACCCGAUGCAUCCAGUUUCGAACGUACCGUACACCAAUGGAACAGGACCCGUUCCCCACUCGUCGAUGCCGUACAAUCCGAUGAAUGCGAAUUCGGCACCCCAUCAGAAUGAAAAUAAUCGAUUCAAUGGUCACCAGCAGCCGGGUGGCCACCAGCAGCCCGCUGGAGGUCCACCUAAUCGUAACAACCCGCGCAGAGGCCGUGCCACAACCACUGCCACGUUGAGUGAACUGCCAAUUAUGGUGCAGUACGCUGUCCAGAACUUGCAGGCGACUAGACAGGUUGACAAUGCCUUGGACGGCGGUAUUCUUGGUAUGAUCAAAGAUCUGCCGGAGCCUUUAGCACUCGCAGCGCUGCAAAAGUUUUCGUCAUGCGACAAGAACACGAUGCGCAACAAAACAGCGUACCUUGCCGGAGUUCUACGAAGAGAGCUCGAGCGAAUCAAUCGUCGUUAGUUUGGCCUCGACCUUGGAUUCCAUGUUCAAAUCGGAACGUGCAGGCACUUUCUGCUCUCCUCCGCUCUUCCUGCCAGUGGAUUACUUCGUUGGGCCUCGUUAUGUUGGAUCGAACACUCCUGUUAGUAGCGAAUGCGCUGGCACUACAUGCUUUGCUUUAUCAAAUUAAAUUACUAUAGUCAAACAAUGAAUGUGAAGCAUGAUGCAAUCUUGCCUAUCCUCUCUAGCUAGCUAGUAGUCAUCAUGUAUGUAUGUGCUCUUGAUAGAGCAUGCCUUGAGAACAGGUACACAAGAAACCAACAUACAAUCGUCUCUAAUGUACGUGGUCACGACUAUACAAGACUUCCACGAGGUCAAAGUCUCAUAAUUUUGCUACAGGUGCCGCUUAUUGAAGCUUGAGCGAGAGGACACGUUUCCCAAACAAAGACAGCCAAUGUCUCAGGGGAAGUCGGCUACCUCGAAGGUAGUUGUUGAAGGAUCAGGAGGAAAGAGACAAGAAAACGGCGAAGGGCUGCACUUCAGAUUCUCCUGCCCACCGGUAGGGAGGAUGGAGACGAUGUUACUGGUAGUGUCGAGCUCGAAAAAGGGCAUUGCGGAAGCCACGUUGUCACGGCACUCGGUAACAAAGCAAAAAAACAUGGAAGCCGAGUGGGCGGCGAGAGGACAACGGCGUGAAACAUCUCGAAAUCAUCCGUUUUGCGGGAGUGGAUGAGACGCUUUGCACCCCAAUUUAUUGCUAUUUCUAAAAAAUAGACUAACGUGAGUGCACAUCAGCCGAACUUCGGUACGAUGUCGAGAAUCUAUCUGAUAAUGGCUACUGCACCCCAAUGGAUGAGACACAUUCCAUUCCCUGAUCCCGGCCGUGGCGCUAAAACUGGAAGCUGAGAAUCUACCGGUGGCAAUGCCAAGUGCCAAGUAGCUGCCAUGCAAUCAGCAUCAGCUAGCCAGUUUGUAGCCCUACCGUACCUGCUGGCUAUGAUAGCUAGGAGCAAGGUAGGUAGAGAACAAAAGGCGGAGGCGUGGCUUGCAAUGAGCUUUGGCAGUCCCCUCAACGGAGGCCUGUACCGGUAUCGGAUGAUUCAAUCGAAUCAACCCCCCAAGACAAUUCCCACGCACAAGCCAG